CCAUUCCACUUGCGUAUCACCAUGACCGUAAAUCUUAUAGCGGAGAACGUGUUCGCCACAUUAGGUACCGUGUGUUGGUGUGUGCAAAUGGUUCCUCAGGCAUGGAUGGCUUGGAGAGAGAAAUCGACUUUUGGCUUAUCUCCGUGGUUGAUGCUCAUAUGGGCAUCGGCAUCCCUUCCUCUGGGGGUGUACAAUAUUGCCCAGAAUGUCAAUAUUCCGCUCAUUUUACAGCCCCAACUAUUCGGUACUCUUGCGGCCAUCUGUUGGAUACAAUGCCUUCACUACCAGUACCGGCUGUCAGUGUACCAUAGCAUUCUCACCCUUGCCGGAUUGUUGCUCGGGCUGGGGGCGCUUCAGGUCGGCCUCGUUUAUGCGGUGCGUCACGGACUGGCCGAGAACAACACGCGACCUCUCGAGUUCUUCGGGGUACUGACUGCGAUGCUUGUGUUCCUCGGGUUGCUGCCACAAUUCUUCGAGAUAUACAAGCUUGGAGAAGUGUCCGGCGUGAGCACCCUGUUUAUGGUCAUUGAUGGAUUGGGUGGAUUGUUCAGCGCCUUGUCGCUCGCAUUCAAGGAAACGAUCGAUCCACUGCUGGCAUUCUCAUACAUUAGCGUGAUCGUCUUGGACGCAUUGGUAAUUGCACUCAAGCUGAUUCUCAAUCCGCUUGCAGCACGACGCCGUGCUCGAGAAGCUGCUUCAUCAGCUCCAAAUGGUCACCCCAUUGGCGGUCCAUCUCAACAUGGCAUAGAAGACGAGUCAAACGCAUGGAGGGGACCAUAUACUCAACCACGCAGGCCGUCGAUCGGACAAGAAACAGAGCAUGGUAUACCGCUGGCACAAAUGACUGUGCUGCGUUCUCGUUCCGGUGAAGGAAAAGAAGCGGGGAAAGAAUCAAGUAUCUCUGCGCAGAUAGUUACUUAGCAAGGUCAGAAAUAAGUCAUACAGGUGAAAUCCAG